CUCAUUUAUUCAUAGGGGAAAGUCCGGUGUUCCUGAUCAGAUGAAAAAGAAAAACUCCAGCAGUGAUAAGCUGCAGGGGAAGAAGAUGAGUGCGGAAGCAGCAGAUCGAGAGGCGGCAACCUCUAGCCGGCCGUGUACCCCGCCCCAGACGUCAUGGUUUGAGUUUUUGCUUGAUGAUUCUCUUCUGGAAAAACACCUCCAGAAGUCUGAUUCAGACCCUCCGCCUGUUCAGCUGAUUGUCCAGUUCCUUGAGCAGGCGUCCAAACCCAGUUUGAAUGAACAGAACCAGGUCCAGCCCCCAACUGACAACAAAAGAAACCGUACUCUCAAGUUACUGGCGUUAAAGGUGGCCGCUUAUUUAAAAUGGAAUCUUGAUGUACUGGAGAAAAGCUUGUCAGUUCCUGUUCUCAACAUGCUACUGAAUGAGCUGCUGUGUGUAAGCAAAGUACCUCCAGGAACAAAGCAUGUGGACCUAGACCUGUCGACCCUGCCUCCAACCACCGUCAUGGCUGUCACAUUGUACAACAGAUGGGCCAUCAGAACUAUUGUGCAAAGCGGCUUUCCUGUGAAACCUGUUAAACAGGGUCCACUACAGCCUAAUGUAAUGAGUCAAAUUCAGCAGGAAAAAGAGCUCACUGAAAAUAUUCUGAAAGUGCUUAAGGAGCAGGCAGAAGAUUCAAUAACUGUGCUUGAAAGAGCCUUGCAACUAAAGAGGGACUUCUAUGUCCAUACCAUGAGGACCUUGGACCUUCUGGCUGUGGAGCCUGGAAUGGUGAACGGAGAAACAGAAAAUUCCACUGCUGGGUUAAAAAUUAGUUUUGAAGAAAUGCAAUGCCAGGGAUGCUAUGACUUGGGCACGGUCUAUUUUCAGCAAGGACCCACAAAUUCAUCAUGUUAUGAGAAAGCCAGGGAUCAUUUUUUCAGAACAAAGCAACUGGUUUCAAAGAUUGGUGCUGCAUCAGACCACUGUUCCAUUGACGAGAAGAGAUUGGCUGGGUACUGUGAGGCUUGUGGAGUUCUUGCACCUUCAAAUGUGGUCACUCAGCCGGCUACACCUUACAGUCAGAUCCACAGUUUCAUGAAGACCUCUAGCUACCAGGGUAUAUUAAAGAUCUUUUUGGAAGAUAACUUAAACAACAGCUUACCGGACCAGUUCAGGCAGUCGGUGCUGAGAGAGUUGUUCCAGAAAGCACAACAGGGGAAUGGAGCACUGGCUGAGGUCUGCUUUAAGGUCUGUGCCUGCAACACAGUCUGUGAUAUCGUUCACGGCCGGCCCAUUACUGUUCAGUUUCAUCAGCUAUUCAUGAGACCCAGCAAAGAGAAAAUAGACUUUCUUCUUGAGGUGUGCUCCAGGUCACUGAUGUCCGAGCAAACCUCAGAAGCAAGUAAAAGAAAAAUCGCAACAUUUCUGAAGAACCUGUGUCUGGAGAUAGAAGAUCUACAGCUGGUAUUCAUGAUUUCCUCCCAUGAGCUCUUCAUGAAGAUGCUGACAGACGAAGAGAGCAAGAUGGUGGUGGAACACAUUAGAAAGAAAACCUCACGUGUCAGUCUGUGCACCAAACCUGUCACUUCCUUCUAUGAUCUACCAGCAUCUGCCAGUGUUAAUAUUGGCCAGCUGGAACACCAGCUUAUACUGACAGUGGACCCAUGGAGAAUCCGGCAGAUUCUGAUAGAACUUAACGGCUUGACCUCUGACAGCCAGUACUGGACAGUGUCUAACAAGUGGGAAGUGCCAACCAUAUACACUGGAAGUAUCCUUGGUAUUAAAGAUAAUCUGACCAGGGACCUAGUCUACGUCCUUCUUGCCAAAGGCUUACACUGCAGUGCAAUUAAGGACUACCCUCGUGCCAAGCAGCUGCUGUCAGCUUGCCUGGAACUGGUGACUGAAUUUUCUCCAAAGCUGCGCCAAGUUAUGCUUAAUGAGAUGCUGCUCUUGGACAUUUACACCCAUGAAGCUAGCAUUGGUCAGGAGCGCCCUCCACCAGACUUGAUCAGCAGAGUCCGGGGCUACCUAGAAAUGAGAAUACCCGACAUUCCCCUACGCCAGGUUGUGUCUGAGGAAUGUGUUGCUUUCUUGCUUAACUGGCGUGAAAAUGAAUAUCUAACACUGCAAGUGCCCCCGGCUCUGGUACAGAAUAACCCGUAUGUCAAGCUCGGACAGCUGCUGGCAGCCACAUGCAAGGAACUACCUGGGCCAGAUAGCCGGCGAACAGCCAAAGACCUGUGGGAAGUGGUGGUGCAGAUAUGCAGUGUCUCCAACCAGCAUAAGCGAGCCAAUGACGGCAGAGUAUGUCUGAUAAAGAACCGGGAUUCUACAAUGGGAAUCUUGUAUCGAAAUGAACUGGUGUCUUUUGUUAAGAAAUUACGUGAGCCGCUGGUUUUAACAACGUUGCUGUCUCUGUUUGUCAAGCUUCAUAACCUCCGGGAGGACAUUGUCAAUGAUAUCACUGCUGAGCACAUCACCAUCUGGCCAUCAUGCAUUCCAAACCUUCAAGCUGUGGACUUUGAUGCCGUGGCCGUUACAGUGAGAGAGUUGGUCAGCUACGCACUAACAAUAAAUUCUAACAGCCACUCCUGGCUCACCAUUCAGGCAGAUAUCUAUUUUGCAACAAACGAGUAUUCUGCUGCUCUGAACUACUAUCUGCAGGCAGGGGCGGUGUGCUCUGAUUUCUUUACCAAGCAAGUUCCUCCUGAGGUUUAUACAGAUCAGGUGAUUAAAAGAAUGAUAAAAUGCUGUUCCAUGCUGAAUUGCCACACACAUGUGGCAAUACUGUGUCAGUUUCUCAGGGAAAUAGAUUACAAAACAGCCUUUAAAGCCCUCCAAGAACAGAACAGCCAUGAUGGAAUGGAUUCUUACUAUGAUUAUAUCUGGGAUGUGACCAUACUGGAAUAUCUAACAUAUUUACAUCAUAAAAGAGGAGAAACCGAUAAAAGACAGAUAGCGAUUAAAGCAAUUGGCCAAACAGAACUAAAUUCCAGUAAUCCUGAAGAAGUCUUGCAACUUGCUGCACAAAGGAGGAAAAAGAAGUUUCUGCAAUCAAUGGCAAAACUUUACUUUUAAAAAGUAAUACAGAACAUGUAAAUAUUUUUGUAUCCACUUUAAAGACAAAUUAAAACUUUUUUUUUUU